AUGUCCAAAGCCACCUUGGCCGUCAUUGCCGCCGCCAGUGCCGCAACUGGUGCGGGUAUCACAGCGCUGCUCUACAAACCCCGUCCCCAAGAACAGCAAAAGCAACAACAAAAGCAACAACUGCCUACCACCCAAGACACCCUGAAAGUCCCCUCAACAACUCCAAUUCCAACCCUCGCAACCAAAGUCCUCGGCCCCGUCGACCCCGCCGGUGUCCUCCAAUACGGCUUCCCAGGCCCAGUCGCCGAUGUCCUCUCCUCCCGACCUCUCCACGGCGCUUAUGAUCGCCGAACCCGCAAUCCAGCCUGGGUAGCAGAGCACAUCACCCCUCAAUCCCUGGCAAUCAAAGACGCAGACAGAAAACACAGCACUUUCUUUGAAGAUACCUCCAUCCCGGCCUUAUUCCGCGCAAAGCUCUCUGACUAUUUCCGCUCUGGCUACGAUCGCGGACACCAGGUUCCCGCUGCAGAUGCGAAAUGGUCUCAACAAGCCAUGGAUGGAACUUUUGCCUUGUCGAAUAUGUGUCCCCAGGUUGGUGAGGGAUUCAACCGUGAUUACUGGGCUCAUUUCGAGGAUUUCUGUCGCAAUCUGACCAAGCGUUAUCCAUCUGUGAGGGUUGUUACUGGGCCGUUGUAUCUGCCUCAGCGGGAUGCGGAUGGAAAGUGGAGAGUCAACUAUGAGGUUAUUGGAAACCCGCCUAAUGUUGCGGUGCCCACACACUUUUACAAGGUUGUUUAUGGAGAGGAUGGGUCGAACUCGCCCUUUGGGAAGGUUGCGCUGGGGGCCUUUGUUUUGCCGAAUGCUCGCAUUGCGAAUGAGAAGAGUUUGUCGGACUUUGAGGUUCCAUUGGAGGUUUUGGAGAGGGCUUCUGGUCUUGAGUUUGCCGCUAAACUGGAUCCUAGUCGGCGUCGGAGAUUAUGCCAGGAUGUCAAGUGUGACAUUACGGUUCGUGAGUUCAACAAUGCCAAGAAGAAGUCUUAA